UUGAUAAAAACGUUAACGUGAAAUUUUGAAUGUUCAUUGUAGAGGACCUUCCCCGGCUCCACAAAUCAUAAUUAUUGUUUUAUGUUAUUUAAGCUGUUGGACGUUGGUUCGGUCAACCACUGCUACUCGUUUAAAUAUUGCAAAUUUUCAACCCAAACUUGGGGUUCAAUUUUUUAAGAAAAACAUUCAUCAUCGAAAACGAAAAUUACCUACCAUUUUGAUUUGUAUUGCGACUUGCAGAAUAAUAAAAUUGAAAUGCAUCUAAUCAAUUAAAAGUUACACAGUCUAUGGAUUAAAAACAAAAACAAUAAAAAUACGUACUUUUUUUUAGAUAUCACCAAUUAAUGUCAUAUCACAACAAAGUUUGAUUUCUGUACAUCACACUAAAGCCAAUAUUUUAAUAUACAAAUAUGAACAAACAGUUCAUGUGACUUGCUUAUCAAGAUAAAAGGAUCAAGAUUCAAAACAUCUGUGCCAGUAUAGUUAAAUUUAAAUUAAUUAGAACUAGAAAAUAUGGCACCUUCUGAUCUAGAAUAUCUACUGUUGCAAGGGCAAAAACUUUGCAAGGACACUGAUACAUUUAAGCCAGUAUCAAAAAUACAUAAAUCAUUACGUCAGCUUUGUCGAAACGCUGACCAUGCUCCGAAACAAUCAAAUAGAGGGAAUGAUGAACAAUGUGCCAAAGAAUUUCUAGCCAAUCGUGGGCUAGAUCUUUCUGGCUAUUCUAAUGUGCUUAAAAAAUUAUCUACAUACCGUGACAAUGCUAUCACAACCUGUGAUUCUAAACCAGUGAUGGACUAUUCAAGUAGUGUAGAGUCCUUAAUGGGGAGACACAUUGAAGACUACAUCAAUAAAUUAGAAGCGAAUGAUAACAAAGAUGAUGAUAAUUAUUUACAAGAUCUUCCAAUGAGUUGGAAAAACAUUAAAAAAGGUAUUGUUUACAAUGAGUUUGCUUCAGAUUCAUAUGAUGUAUCAUUUUGUCUUCAGAACUUAUUAACUACCAAAAAUACAUAUUUUACAUUUGAUCCCAGCCUAAAUAGUCCCAAUAAGUCAGCUGGUAAUUUUCCUUUUGUUGAUGAUGUCCAAAACUACAUCAAGGAAAUAGAAUAUGCUAAUAUGAACAAAGAAUUGAUAGAAUAUUUUUUGGAAACCAUACAUAAGAGCAAAGCUAAUAACGCAAAAGUAGCACAUAUUUGGAAUGUAGUUAAGUACAUGUACAAUAUAAUUCCACAACAAUCACCUUAUGGAUCAUUUAAUGAACGUUUUUCAGAAGAAAAUCAAACAAAACUCGUUAAAAAUGCUAAGAGCUAUUUAGAAGAUAAAUACCAAGCUUUUCUUGUAAAAGAGACCAAACAUUUGAAUAUUGCUAAUGAUGGUAAUUACAUGGCGGCUAUUAUAAGCUCUUAUGUAUUUAUGAGCACAGGCAGACCGGCAACACAACAAAAUGAUUUUCAUGUAGACGAACAAUCAAUUUGGCCAUUGCUCUACUUCAGUUUAAGAUGUGGAAGAAUGGAUGUUGCUAGUUAUUUCAUUCAAAAAUCUGGUUUAGCAUUAGACGAUCUACUAAAUGUUUUUAUUCACCUGAAAGAAGCCGAUUUUGCAGAAUGCGUUGCUUCCAAUAUUGGUGUCACAUUAAACAAAUAUUACAGAACUCUUCCAGCGUAUGACAAUGCAUUCAGGAAAACAAUAUUCUCAUUGUUGGGUAUGGUAGAAGCCAAUAUGGAAAAAAAAGCUGUUUCUAAAACAAUUGAAGACAAGCUAUGGAUGUUACUAGUUGAACAUUUUGCGAGCAAGUACAUGGAAGAUUCAAACGGAUUAGAUUACUGUUCAUUACAAAGAUAUAUUUUGGACAACGGUAAACCUUACAUGGAACAGCCUCAUGUAUACUUUGAGCUAUUGUUUCUGAUUGGACAGUUUGAAAGCGCUAUAGAUUUCCUAUACCGCAGUGUCGAGUUUUCCAAUCAUGCAGUGCAUAUAGCCAUCGCUUUGAACGAAAAACAUUUAUUAGCCACUCCUGAAUAUUUACAAGCCCCGUUUUUAUCUAAUGAGAAUGUUGAUGUUAAGUUUGUGCGUUUGAAUUAUACAAGAUUGAUUUUAUUAUUUUGCAACGAGUUUAAAUCAACCCAUCCUCAUUAUGCAACGUAUUAUUAUUAUUUUUUAAGAAAUGUAAAAAGUCCGACUCUGACUGAAAACUUGUUUCACAAGUGCGUUGCAGAUCUUGCAACAUCUUUUGAUGGGAACAUGUGUGAUUGGAUGUUUGGGUGUUUAGACGAUAAUAUGAAAGAAAUUAGUAUUUUACACAAUAUCUUUGAUAUGGACACUGUUACAUCUAUAAUUGAUAAAACACUAGAAUUAACACUGGAGAAAAAUAAACCUGAAGUUUCUUUUAAACUCUAUAGCUUGACAUCAAAUAAGGCAGCAUACGGUGUAAUGAAUAAUAUACUGAGUUUUGCUAUUUACAAUUAUUAUGAUGUUUUUGGUCGUGCUAUGACUGAUGACAAGUGUAACAUCAUAAAUAAAAAUUUUUAUGAUCGCGUAUACUCAUAUUUGGAGGAAUUAAACAAUAAGAAAUUCUGUACGCUGGAACCAAUUGGUCCCAUGUCAACAUUUCAAGUCUUACGUAAUAUGUAUUUAUUUUUCUAUUAUUCUUCUAAGCAUGAAUUUUUAUCAGCUAUUGAGAAGGCCACUGAUACAGGUCUAGUACCGUUAACUAGUGAAGACGCAAAACACUGUUUAAAUAAUUGCACUAAUUAUGGUGAAAUUAUACAGAGAAACAUAAAUAAUUUUAUAAAGUCAUUAGUUAGUGUGUUGUGUAAAGAACAUUCUAAAAUUUUAAAAAACCAAAAUAUCUCUAUGGAAGAAGAUUCAUUAAUUGAAGAAGAAGACAGUGAUGUUUUUGAUCAAAGCAAAGAAAUUGGAUGGACAAAAUGGAAACUUCAGAAAACCAUUAGAGUUAUAUAUUUAUUCACUGCAAAAUUACCGGUACAUAUUGCUCUUGAUGCAGUUGAAUAUAUUUCAAAUAAUGCAUCAAACAUGCAACUCGACUGAGAACUAAAAAGAAAAUUUUUUUGAUUAUAAAAUAUGUAUAUUUAUUAUUUACUUAAUAAUUGUUUUUGUAACAAAAACUAAAAUAUUUUUCUUUCAGUUUAAAUUUUUAAAAUGUGUUCCUAUAUUAUUCAUUAUUUAAUAAGGAUAGCAACUUGAUUAAAAUGGUUUAUUUCUGAGAUAUUCACAUUUUUAUAAUUUCUUUUUAAUAUUUGAAACCUCGUUAAAAAAAGGGCUGUAAUUAUUUUUGAAUAUUAUAGUGAACAAUUUUGAUAACAAUAUAUAAAAUUUAAAAAUUGUAAUAAGCAUUUUGUAAAUAAUUUUUUAUUUUAUGAUAAAAAUGUUUAAAGCUAUCUCAGGUUAGAACAGACCAGUUUUGAGCUGUUUGAUGUGUUAUGAGUGUUAUGACUAAUAACCUUGUAAUAAACAAUUUUACUGUGUUUAGUAAAUAUCAGAGUUAUGUUAUUAAUC